AUGGAAAUUGUUUGGGAGGUGCUUUUUCUUCUGCAAGCGAAUUUCAUCGUCUGCAUUUCAGCUCAACAAAAUUCACCAAAAAUCCAUGAAGGCUGGUGGGCCUAUAAGGAGGUGGUCCAGGGAAGCUUUGUUCCAGUUCCCUCCUUUUGGGGUUUGGUGAACUCAGCUUGGAAUCUUUGCUCUGUUGGGAAGAGGCAGUCACCUGUCAAUAUUGAAACCAGCCAUAUGAUUUUUGAUCCCUUCUUAACUCCACUUCGCAUAAACACAGGGGGAAGAAAGGUCAGUGGGACGAUGUAUAAUACAGGGAGACACGUAUCUCUACGAUUAGACAAAGAGCAUUUGGUCAACAUCUCUGGAGGACCGAUGACAUAUAGUCACCGCUUAGAAGAAAUCCGGUUACACUUUGGAAGCGAAGACAGCCAGGGAUCAGAGCACCUACUCAAUGGACAGGCUUUCUCUGGGGAGGUUCAACUAAUCCACUAUAACCACGAGCUGUACACAAAUGUCACAGAAGCUGCAAAGAGUCCUAAUGGGUUGGUGGUAGUUUCCAUAUUUAUGAAAGUAUCUGAAUCAUCAAAUCCAUUUCUAAAUCGUAUGCUUAACAGAGACACCAUAACGAGAAUAACAUAUAAAAAUGAUGCAUACUUACUACAGGGGCUUAACAUUGAGGAGCUUUAUCCAGAGACGUCUAGUUUCAUUACAUAUGAUGGGUCAAUGACAAUUCCACCCUGCUAUGAAACAGCAAGCUGGAUAAUAAUGAACAAACCUGUCUACAUAACAAGGAUGCAGAUGCAUUCUUUACGACUGCUAAGCCAGAAUCAGCCAUCACAGAUAUUUCUGAGCAUGAGCGACAAUUUCAGACCAGUCCAGCCUCUCAACAAUCGAUGUAUCCGAACUAAUAUCAACUUUAGUUUACAGGGAAAAGAUUGUCCAAACAAUAGAGCACAGAAACUACAGUAUAGAGUAAAUGAAUGGCUCCUCAAGUAAGACAGAGCAG